GCAGAUUGAGAUGGAGCUAUUGUGAAGUAGCUAGUCAUCUCAUAAUAAAGAUAAAUUCCAAGGCUGAUUUUCUUUUCCAGCUCACCACCUGCUUUUUCUUAUAAACGUUAAGUGUUGUUAUUAAAUUUAUUCAAUAUCUGUUUUACAGCACCUACGCCAAAGAGAUAAAACACUGGAGCACCUACGCCAAAGAGAUAAAACACUGGAGCACCUACGCCAAAGAGAUAAAACACUGGAGCACCUACGCCAAAGAGAUAAAACACUGGAGCUCCUCUUUCCCCAUAUCCGAUACAUGCUCCAGAUCAACAUCCUGGCCCGGAAUGACCUGAUAUCCAAAGAUGGGAUCAUUACCGUGUUUGCAGGAGUAGGUGGAGACUCAUUGGUAAAGUUGCUGAAGCAUGCUACUGCCUCCCUGACCUACAGCGCCCUCUGCCUUCCUGAUAACAUCUCUGAGAGAGGCCUGGAGAAUGUUCCCCACUACUACUACAGAGAUGAUGGGAUGAAACUGUGGAAUAUCAUCAAGAAGUUCGUUGUGGCUUUCUUGUCACACUACUAUCAAAGUGAUGCACAUGUGCAGAAGGAAACAGAGCUUCAGCGUUGGAUCAGUGAGAUAUUCACCAAUGGCUUCCUGGGAAGAGAUGGCUCAGGAAUACCAUCAUCUUUUCAGACUGUGACAGAGCUUGUCAAGUUUGUCACCAUGGUGAUCUUCACUGCCUCAACUCAACAUGCUGCUGUAAACAAUGGACAGAUUCUUUCCCCCCAGUUUGACUUUGGCGGCUGGAUGCCUAACGACCCCACUGCCCUCAGAAUGCCCCCUCCCAAGGUGAAAGGCCAGACCACUGAAGACACAAUCCUGGAGACCCUUCCUGAUGUGAGCACGACGGUGAACGGGAUGGCUGUCCUGAGACUGCUGAGCAAGGUUUCUACAGACCAUUUCCCUCUGGGACAUUUCCCUGAAAAUCUGUAUGAUGAAGACAUCCCCUGCAAGCUCAUUGAAGAUUUUCAAAAGGAUCUGAGGGAGUUGUCAGAUCUCAUCGAGGAGCGGAACAUAAAGUUGGAGCUUCCCUACACCUAUCUGAACCCCAAAAAUGUGGACAACAGUGUAGCCAUUUGAAAGGAUACAGUUGUAAGACUGUUGCUAGACCGUCUAGACCAAGAGAGGGCUACUCUUUGAGAAAACAAAGGAAAUUACCAUUUGAACUCUCUCUUGCAAAAUUAGCAUCCCCAUCUGAGAGUCAAUCACACCUCAGCAUUGCCUUAAUCUACAUUUCCUUUCCUUCACCCCCUCUUCCCCCAUCUCUUCUCUCUACAUGCAGAGAUGACCUGAAAUUCACCGAAAAUCUAUAUGGUUUAAUGUGAACAGUUAUCAUACAACAUUAUAUGUGUUUGGUAUCAUUUGAAAUUUCUCAGUGCGACUGGUACAAAGGUCUCAUUCCCACAGAAGUAAACCAGAAGGUAAUAAAGGUUUUAAGAUUUUAGAGAUAUUUUGCUCUCUGUAAUGGGUGUGUCUACCUUCACAGGGUCUUUCAUGCAAAUGGCCUUCUGUCCCCAAAAGGUGUAAACUACUCAGUCUAGGACCCUGAUUAAUGCAAAUUCCCAUUGUGAACUCAUGUUUCCAUUUGAAAGAAGUUUCUGUCUUGGUCCAAGUAUUUAAAGAGAUGUUGCAGGUGGCUCAGGGCACGAGCCGGUAAUCAGAUCAGCCUUCAUUGCUGAGUGUCCAGGACACUCAGCAAUGUGUAUUUUUCUAAUGUCAGGUUUACAUCUUUUUACUCUUUUUCUGAGCAUUUGAUGUUUUGUAUUGAUCAUCUUUAAAUUGAUUAUGUAAUUGGCAUGAUACAUUUACCUGACUAAUAAAUUGUUACAUUUGGCUUUAUUCUGACUUACUCUGAAAUUAUUGACUUCAGUAGAUUACGAUGUAUCCAUUGUUACCGCAAAUCUAUGACCAGGGUUAAGUACAUACUAGAUCUCGGAUUGUAUGGAGCAUGGGGCACAUCUGGCGAGAUACUAGGUUUCUGACUAACUGCUUGACUUUAACUAAGUUGUUAUGCAAUCGCAUUCACUAUAUGGGCGAGACAAAGGUGUACUGGUCAUAACCUCUGGUCAUUGCUUUAAUUAAGUUGUUAUAUAGUUAUAUUAUUAACUAUAUGGGGCCAGAUAAAUUACUAUCGAGGGGCGACAUUACCUCAUAGUACUGGUCAUAACCCCUGAUUAUUGUCGGAGCUUUAACUAAGUUGUUAUAUAGGCGAUUGUAUGGGGCUACAUGGGUACCUUUUAACAAUAGCAAGCAUGUGCAGCAUUGUUAAAUUGCUUUAGCCAUAACCUUUGGUUAUUGAUCAGACUAGCGAGUUUGUGAUCGUGGGCCCGCAUAACAGCUGGUGCGAAGACCCUGUGCGACUCUGAGAACCGAAUGAACGAGUACAAUAAGAGUAAAGAGUUAAAUAGAAUAAUCAAAUGUCUAGAUAAAUUAUUAUAUAAAUUGUUAAUAAUCAAUUGGCAUUCUAACCUAAAUUCGAGGUCACAAUAAAAUGGAGUCAGAUAUAAACGUUUAAUUGGAAUUAAACUACUUUGCCAUAUUGAAAAGACCGAACGCGCAAGAAACCUUCCCCGUCCUAUGGGAAACCGCCGUUG